AAGUCUUUGGCUAUAUCUGCUACUUCUGUAGUAAGUGAACGCCUAUUUUCAAAUACCAGAUAUCUUAUUUCUCCUCUUAGAAAUCAUCUUAAUCCUACAUUAGUGAUUGAAAUGUUUUUCUUAAAGCGUAACAUGAAGAUUAUAGAAGUUAUUACACCUGAUUGA